GGUCGGGAGUGCGGCGGCGGACAUCCGAGACCGCGGCGGCAGACAGGGUACGCCGGCCGGCCGCUGUGUGUUGUCCGCCCAAGAUGGAGUUCCUCCUGGGGAACCCGUUCAGCACCCCUGUGGGACAGUGUCUCGAAAAGGCAACAGAUGGCUCCCUACAGAGUGAAGAUUGGACAUUGAACAUGGAGAUCUGUGACAUCAUCAAUGAGACAGAAGAAGGGCCAAAAGAUGCCAUUCGAGCUUUGAAGAAGCGGCUCAGUGGGAAUCGGAACUACAGAGAAGUGAUGCUAGCACUAACGGUGCUGGAGACAUGUGUUAAGAACUGUGGCCACCGCUUCCAUAUCCUUGUGGCCAACCGAGACUUCAUUGACAGCGUUCUGGUCAAAAUCAUCUCUCCUAAGAACAACCCUCCCACCAUUGUACAGGACAAAGUGCUUGCUCUAAUCCAGGCAUGGGCUGAUGCCUUUCGGAGCAGUCCUGAUCUAACUGGUGUUGUGCACAUAUAUGAGGAGCUGAAGAGGAAGGGGAUUGAAUUUCCCAUGGCAGACUUGGAUGCUUUAUCCCCUAUCCACACACCCCAGCGGAGUGUCCCGGAAGUGGAUCCAGCUACAACCAUGCCUAGGUCCCAGUCACAGCACAGGACAAGUACCAGCUCCUAUUCCUCACCGCUUCCUGCUUCCUACACCACUCCACAGGCCCCAGCUCUGAAUGUGACUGGUCCCAUCACGGCCAAUUCAGAACAGAUUGCCAGGCUGCGGAGUGAGCUGGAUGUUGUUCGGGGAAACACAAAAGUCAUGUCCGAGAUGUUAACAGAAAUGGUCCCUGGGCAGGAAGACUCAUCUGAUCUGGAGCUGCUGCAGGAGCUAAACAGGACCUGCCGGGCCAUGCAGCACCGCAUCGUAGAGCUCAUCUCCCGCGUGUCCAAUGAGGAGGUCACCGAGGAAUUACUGCACGUCAAUGACGACCUCAACAAUGUCUUCCUCCGCUAUGAGAGGUUCGAGCGGUACAGGUCGGGCCGAUCAGUUCAGAACACCAGCAAUGGAGUACUGAAUGAAGUUACUGAAGACAACUUAAUAGACCUGGGUCCUGGCUCUCCUGCUGUGGUGAGCCCCAUGGUGGGGAGCACAGCACCCCCAUCUUCCCUUUCCUCUCAGCUCGCAGGUUUGGACUUGGGGACAGAGAGCGUCAGUGGUACCCUUAGUUCACUCCAACAGUGUAAUCCUCGUGACGGCUUUGACAUGUUUGCCCAGACCAGAGGGAACUCCUUGGCAGAGCAGCGCAAGACGGUCACCUAUGAGGAUCCUCAGGCUGUUGGAGGACUCGCUUCUGCAUUAGACAGUCGGAAACAGAACUCGGAAGUGAUCCCCGUUUCGCAGCCCUCUGUCAUGGACGACAUUGAGGUGUGGCUCAGGACGGACCUGAAGGGCGAUGACCUGGAAGAGGGUGUCACAAGUGAAGAGUUUGAUAAGUUCCUGGAAGAAAGAGCCAAAGCUGCUGAAAUGGUUCCUGACCUUCCCUCACCCCCUAUGGAAGCCCCUGCGCCAGCCUCCAACCCUUCUGGUCGAAAGAAGCCAGAGCGGUCUGAGGAUGCCCUCUUUGCCCUGUGAGCUGUUCUGUGGUUUGCCUCCCUUGAUUGGCAGGGCACUGCUGGUUCCCCUAGUGGACACGGGCACUGGCCACUGCUCCCCAGCCCCUCGGCCUGCACACCUGUGUCUCCAUGGAAACACCACUGUGUUUGCUCCCAGACCUCUCCUAGUCAGGACCAGCUUUUGUCACCUUCUUUUCUCUAGGUGGUGGGACAGUGGCAGCCAGAGGCUUCCUUCCCCUACCUGCAUGGGCUCCACUGGCCUUGGGUCAUCCCAGGAAGAACCAGUGGCCCAGCCCCAAGAAGGGCAGCCCCCACUUGGUAAUCCUGAGCAGAGCAUCUGAACUGUCCCCUUCAUUAUCUCCAAUAGAGAUGGGUCAGGUUCUAUUCCUGCCACAUGCGCCCACCUCCUCCUGGUUCAGUGGCUUUCCUCAGGCAUGCUGUUCCCCUGUGCCCCGCUCUUCCAGAAAGGGCUUGGUGUGGAGCAAGGCUCAGUUGUGCCCAUAGGCUCAGUCUCUUUCCUUGGACUGUGUGUCACCUUGUGACACUUUAUGUGUUGGCACUUUAGAGGACUCUGUAGGCUGCCAGCUCCUUCCUCAUGCCUGUGCUGGUUCAGCAGCUAAGUCUUGAACCAAAGGGCCCAGAAGGACCUUUGGCUCUUGGUAUAGGGACAGCCAAGGGCAUCUGGGAGGCAGCAUGUAACCUGUAAACUCUGGCCACAUGGCAUGCUGAGUAGCAAGCUCUGCUACAAACUAACUGGCCCCCGUGGAUACUUUGCACAUCACCCCCACACCUGACCCUGGUGUUGGAGAGGAUUGUAUGAGAGGCAUGGCUCCGGCAUAUGUGGGAAGAUGAUGUGGGUUUGCUGCAUUUGUACCAUGCCCAUAGCACUGGCCUGGCCUGUAGCAGCCUCCAUACCCAGGCCUGGUAGCAAACAGCUAUGCACCAUGUCUGGAGGCUCCAAAUGACUGAAUGGCUAGAAUGACACUAAGUUCCUUCUGCCCUCCCUGGAAGGGGCUUCAGCCUCCUUCCCAGCUGUCUUGACAGAAUGAUCCCUCCCACCUUACAUGUCCCCUAGCCCCCACUUCCCAUUUGAAGGCCACAGCCUAAGGCUGAGCAGAUGGGGGCUGGUGACACCUGCUCCUGUUCUGUGUCCUUGCUGGUGUUUUUUUGGCCCUAGGCAAUGGACUCAGCAUUAGCCAUGUCCUGGUCCAACCCUGUCCUUCCCUAAGCUGCCAUUAUCAGAAAACAAAUGUUGUAGCAGCAGCAGCCCCUCCUGAGUCUUAGGGCCUGCUCACUGUACUCUCUGGCACCCCAGGUUACCACGUGUUCAUGAUGUGAUCAUCCUUUCCCCCUGUCACCACCAGAGAUCAACCUUAUCACAGAGAGGAGGCCAGGCUUUGAGGGAUAAAAUACCAGUGCAGCACUUUGUGAUGCUCUUAUAACCAGGAUUGCAGUGAAGGCUGAGGGCAGGAAUGGUCCUGCCCCAGGACUCCAUGCUGUCCAGUACCCCUCCAGCAGCCUCUAGGAAGGAGGCCUGCAUACUGGGUCCAUCUAACAGAACCAGUAGGGGAUAUAAUACUCAUAUUGCAGAGGAUAUCCUGGAAGCACCUUCCCAAGUUCAGCCAGCCUGCUUCCUGUCCAAUCCUCUGAGCAUCUGCCAUACUCCACCUUCUGAUUCCCAGCUCUUGGCCAACCCAGGCCCCUCUCUCAGUCUCUCAAGAGCAGAGCCCCUGAGGCAAACUUGGCUGUUAAGACCUCUGAAGGGAGCUGGUUGGCUUAAGCUACAGGGGAGGUUGCUGGCAUGGGGGCCUACAUACCCAGAGAGCUAGUCCUUGCAUAGUCGGGUGGGGUGAUCCUAUGAGGGUCAGAGCCCACUUCUGUUAGCCUGCCAGAGCUGGUGAGUGGUAGGGAGGCAGGCCAGCAUCUUCUGAGGGAAAAGGCAGCCUCCCUGCCUAUGUAUUACAUAGAGAAGACGAUCAAUUCCCGUAGGAAGCAAGGCUGUACAGGGACCUGCCUGAAUUCAGGAGGUCCCCAGCAAAGCUGCUCUUAGUACCCAUGUCCAGAGAUGCUCCCAUCCCCUGACUCCAGCUGGUUGCCCCACAGGCAGCAGGUACUGGAGGUCUCCUGUGAGCUGUCAGGAGGCCAUUAGCCAUGCAGACAAGAAACUCCUGCCUUCCUGGCCUGGAACAGCCCCUCUGGUGGCUUUCACAUACCUCUGUUCACAUCCUGUCCAGAGGUAGCUGCCCUACCUGCAGGCUGAGGCCCACACCAGAAGCAAGGGCAGGCCCAGCUGCCCUGAAGGGGGUUUUACUCAUCCCUUAUGGGUUGCCCUGUCCUGGGGCCUGUGAUCCUCCCUCACCCUCCAUGUGGGGGGCAUACCCCUCAGGCCUCCAGCUUAGUAAGGAGCAGAACUAGUUGGGAAAGCUGGACCUGGACCCGUGCAAGCCAUCUGCCUCCAUAAGUGUUAGAAAUCACAGAUACAGUAUGUACUUAAUUACACUAAAUUAUUGCUGGGAUGCCUCAUAAGCACUAAUUAUACCUGAUUAUAGGUUAAAAUAUUUAUUUUGUCAAAAUAUUUUCUUGGGGAUAUGUUUAACCUUUAUUUUGUUCAUUGUGUGCUGAGGUGUGACGAGUAACCUCCUGCCUACCUUUUUGGCCAGUGGGAAGCAACAAACAAAAGUCACUGCUUGCAGUUUGACCCCAGCACAGUGGCCUCUGGCAAGACUACCACAGAGUGGUUCCAGCCCAGGCCUCGAGCAGGUGGACUGUGGCUGGGCUGAGAGUGACCUACUUGUUUCUUAGUACAUGGGACAAGGGACUUGUUGCUGGCCUUGGUCAGAGGGGAAUGUGACUGUCUGUCCGUCCUGUCAUUUUUGUCUAUGAGCCCCCUCUGUGAGUGACUGUGCCUUGGCUCACUGCCCCUCCCUUCCCCACCCCGUGCUCUCAGGCCUGUGGUUCUCACUGUAGCCCAUUGGGAGGCAAGAACCCACCCCCUGACAGCACUGUGCAGCUUCGAGAAUGGUGGCAGGCCUCUGUGUGGCCCAGUGGUAUGGGCUCCUGCCCUCAUCUUCUUGCUGCUACACCCCCACCCCCCAAUUAGCCCUGCUGCAAGCUCUCUUCUGACUGAUGGCUCAGCCAAGAGAAGAGCAGCAUGAGGAAGAAGCUGAGCCCAGCCUCAGCUUCUUGCACUGCUGGGUCAGCCCCCUGGCCUCUCCACCAUCUCUUGUUGGGAGAGCUGGGUUCUUCCACCAUACAGGGCAGCCACAGGGCACCAGCCACUCCCAGAGGAAGAUGUUUCCACCUAAAGAUGCUCCCCAUUCUGCCCUGUGCCCAUCUCCAACCCCACCUGCCCAUAGGGGUCCAAGCCUGGCUUCCCAGGUUGCCAAGCACCUUCUGGGGAACCUGUCAGCCCUGCAUCAGAACUGCUCCUGCCAUGUCCCAAACCUCCAAGCUCUCCUGGGUAGCAGGGAUGGUAUUUAUUUCCUAAAGCUUGCACUUCAUUUGUGAGGGUUCUCAGGAUUGUUGGGGGCUAUUGAAAAGAGGAAUGUGUUGAGUUUGUUGUCUCUUUGUCCCAGAAGUCUGGUGUCUCAUCACUGUCUUGUGUUUCUGUGGGCAGAGCUGGUUCUGGAGGGUGGGUCAAGGCUUGGAAGGCUUAGAGUGACAUCAGAGUGUCCACCUACCCCACUGGCUCUCCCUCCAGAUGCCAUCUCUCUAGUUUGGGUUCUUGCAUGUAAAAUUCUCCACAAUAAACAUAUAAUUGAACUGUU